AUGACAACCCUGGCGACUUUGCAGACGGACUCCGAGACUAUGCUCGGCCUCAUGUUCAGCGGCAAGCACCCGGUUCUUCGAGACGCUGAUGGCUGCUUCUUUAUCGAUCGUGAUGGGAGGCAGUUUCACCACAUCCUCAACUACCUGAGAGAUGGCACCCUUCCCAUAGGUCUCUCUCGGGUGGAUCGCUUGGAGCUGCUGCGGGAGGCGGACUUCUACGGACUCAAGGCGCUCUACAGCUUCAUCGGCGGGCCCACCGUACAAGCUGCCAUGAUGACCGGUGGCGGCACAGGGCCAUGGCUUCGGAGCCUUUGCCACGACCUGGCCAAAGCUGAGGCUGCGGACUUCUCCGUAAACAGCCGGAGCCACAGAGUAUACGCGCGGCUUCGCUACGGCCAAGAGUACAGUGGAGACUGGAUCGUGUCUUCACCAAGGAAUCUGCCGCAUGUGCAGUACGAGCUUUACGACGCUUGCUUGGCGCGCGAUCCUAUCACCGCGCUGAACAAGAUGGGUGCAGCCGGAUUCCGGCCUUGCGUGGAGCCGCCAACAGUUCCCGCCAGUACCUCGUGCCAGAACGAUGACUGGGAGAUCAUGCUCUACAAGGACGUCUGGCAGUAA